AUGUUCACGGAGAUGAAAGCAGAGCCAAUCGGAGGCAACCUGAGGACCGUGAUCAGAGUGUUCCGUCUGUUUGACUACAACCGAGGAGGACACAUCCAGCAGCACGAGUUCCGCCGCAUCCUGGACAGCUACCUCAUCCAGCUGACAGACAAAGAGUUUCAGAGGCUGUGGAGUCAUUACAGUCCCAAUAACAAGGUCACCAUUUCCUACGUUCUCUUCUUGGAUAAACUUGGUUUUGGCAACAGCCAUAACUUCAACAUUGCACCAGUCUGCACUAAGCUAGAAGUGUCCGGUCGACAGGCAACACCACCAGAGAAAGUCAAGCAGAGACCAGAAUGCAUUGUACCAUCAGUUCUUCCACACAGGAAGCUGCAGACUCUCUUCUACGACAAGAUGUGUGUGAACUCGACCCCGGUGUGGCAAGCGCUGCAGGCCUUUGACACCACCCACUCUGGCCUGGUAAAACAGGACGUCCUCAGGGCUGUUCUCAACAGCUUUAUAUUUCCCAUGAACACUCACUCCUUCCAGAAGCUGACCAGCCAGUAUGGUGUGAAAACAACAGGGCCAAUAAGGUGGAAACACUUCCUGGGAUACUUCAUGAGCCUGGGCAAAGAAGAGGCUGAUACAGACCCUCACACUGACAGGACUUCUGAGCAGCCUCUCCAAGAUAAAGACAACUUGGAUCUCCAGGAUUUUUACCCACGACUGAAAGAGAUCUUCCACCAAGUCGAGGUAGGAGAGGUAGGUUGGAUCUCCAGGGCAGACCUGCAACACUUGCUGAAGAGACCAGAUGGGAGCCAGUCCAGAACCCCCCAGCCCCACCUUCACAAUACACAGAUCACAGAGCUGCUCAACAUACUGGACCCAGAACACAGUGGGGUCAUCCAGCUGACCAGCCUGGAGAGACUCAACCCCAGCAUCCCCUCUGCCCCCUCCCCUUGUAACACCCCCGAGCCACCGGACGAGGAGACAGAUCCUACCUCUACAGAGACUGUGCAGCAGAAAACACCAGAUGAGAGGCAGACCACACAGUGGGCCGAUAAGGUGUCUGUAGCAUCUGCUUCAUGGAGAACAGUGGAGAGUUUGCUGCUGGAGAAGCUGUGCGAGCAUCUCAGUUCAGUCCUGGCAGCUCUGAAGCUGUGUGACCCUCAGUGCACUGGAUAUGUCAAACAGGAGGAUCUGAAGAGGGUUUUAAACCACUAUGGCUUCCCCAUCUCUGACACACACUUCAACAACUCUGGGCAAUUCUUCCAGUGUGGGGAGAGGGCAGCCGGUGAUCUUUUGGGCCGUGUUGAUGACCCUCUGGAGCGCUUUCCUCUGAGCCACUGUGCAGCACAGAUGCAGUAUGUUAGAAUGCUCUCGAUGGAGUCUCGCAGCUCAGAGGUGUUGGCGCUCCAGGUUGUUGCACCUGCACCAUGCUGUCAGCCGCUCCACCUCGUCCCUGUAGGCAGACUCAUCCCCCCCAGAGAUGAGCCCCACCACUGUGGUGUCAUCAGCAAACUUCACAAUGGUGUUGCUAUGGUGGACGGGGGCACAGUCAUGUGUGUAGAGGGGAGUAGAGCAGGAGGCUCAUGCAGCAUGGAGUGCUGUGGCCACGGCGUCGUCCGUGGAUCGGUUCGCUCUGUAGGCAAACUGGUGGGGGUCAAGGCUUUUUUUGGGCAGGGGACUAUGGUGGAGGACUUUAGGCAGAGUGGGACAGUGGACUGUUCCAGACACAGGUUGAAAAUCCUUGUGAAGACUCCAGCCAGCUCGUCAGCACAGUCCCUCAACACCAGUCCCGGGACGCCAUCAGGUCCCGCAGCCUUCCUCGGGUUGACGGCCCGCAGCGUUCGCCUCACCUCAUGCUCCUCUACUGUGAGGUUUAAGCUGGGGUGUGGUGAUGCUGUCCCUGGUGGUGUCACCUCAAAGCGGGCAAAGAAGAGGUUCAACUCCUCUGCCAGAGCGGUGUCACCAUCAGCAGCUCCGAGCCAGCUGCUGGACCUCCCGGCUCAUCCAGGGCUUCUGGUUGGGGUAGACCCGGAUGCGUUUGUCCACAGUGACAGUGUCUAUGCAGUUUUUAAUGUAGCAGAAUACACUGUCUGUGAACACCUCCAGGUCCUGAUGCUCUGUGUGUCCUUCUCCAGCUCUACACCUGGCAGCUCUUCCAGGUUGGUUUCCUACAUUGACCUGUUCAGAUACCUGGGAGCACCACUAACAGAUGAAAGCACACUCUCAUCCUGCUGCUACCAUACUGAGAGGUCAUGCAACUCACCUCAGUCUACCCUGCAGUCAGUCAGGGCACAGCGGGGCAGUCAAGACACCUGCAGCAUCUUGGACAUUGUUUUCAAGAGGAUGCGAUCAAGGUUAGAGCAACGUCACACACGCCUCAUCGAUCGCAUCCAGGCCAUCAUCUACAGCUGUGACGGGAUGCUGUCAGAGGCAGAUAUACGGAAGAUACUAGAGGACAACUGGAUCAUCUUGGACAAUGAGAAUUUCAACAAAUUCAUCGAACUGCUCGGCCUCAUAGACGGACGGAUGGAGUGCCCGGCUUUCCAGAGGAAGUACGAGGAGGCCACAGCUAGAGAUGGACAGCAGGACUCUGAGGGUUCUGGUGAAAAGGAGGUUGUCACCCUGCUCACUUCUGCUGAGCAGUGCCUGGCCGCCAUGAAGACCAGGAUCAAGAUCAUCCACGAGGACAACCUGACAGCCUUCCGCCUGAUGGACAGGAAGCGUAAAGGUGUGGUGGACUGCCAUGAUUUCAGAGUGUUGUACAACAGUCUGGGAUUUUUCUGCCAGGAGGGAGAGUACCAGAGGCUGCUGGAACUGAUUGGCCUGCAGCCUGGAGGCAACCUCAAUUACACAGAGUUUGUCUGUGUUGUAGAAAAUAAAGGCAAGCAUGGGACACAAACUGCCACUAUACAAGAGCAGCUCCAUGAUCUUCUGGCCUGUGAGGCACGCUACAAGUGGGCAGACAUGUCUAAGAUACUGUGUCACUGUGACACUGUUGGCCAGGGUUGGAUCUAUAAAAAGAGCUUGAGGGAGCUCCUCUAUACCUAUUCUCUGCCUUUAACAUCCAACGAGUUUGAACAGCUUUGGUUGAGGUAUGAUCCAGAGGGGAAGGGGUCUGUGGCGGUUUGUGACUUCCUGGAAAGACUGGGGUUUAAUCAUGAUGUGGGACAUGGCCAGAUACUGAAAGAGACUGUUGCCCAAAAGGAUGCCAGCAGACCAGUUGUCUCUGAUACUACCUCACCGGAAUGUAUCGAACAGGUUUUACAGGAUAACUACAAGGAGCUGAGUGAUGCUCUGAUUGGUCUAGAAAGAAGAGGAGAUGGCACAGUGACGGUAGAGGAGCUGCUCAACCUCUUCCACUCCUGCAGGUGUUUCAUCCAGAGAGAGCAGCUCAUACAUCACCUCCACAGGUUCAAGGUUUCCAUGACUGAUAACAACAGGAGGAUUUCUUACAUGGACUUACUGUCUGUGUUUAACCAUAAAGCAGAGAAGAAGAAUGAGCCUUCUCCUUCUACCCCUGAAGCUAACGGACAGAUGGAGUCUCUGAACGGCCUCAGUCCAGACACGGCUCUGGUGAAGAUGCAGGAACUGGUCACUGCCUCAGCACCUAACCUGUUUAAGGCCUUCUCUGCCUUCGAUCAGAGCAGCACAGGGACGGUCAGAGCUCUGGACUUUCGUCAGGUCCUGGAGAAUUUUUGUGCCCGCCUGUCAGACAAACAGUUCAGACACAUGCUGACCAGACUGGAGUUAAACAGUGAGAGCUGCACCGUUAACUGGAAGGACUUCCUCAGCAAGUUUCAGUCACAGAGCCCCGUGAUGUCAGAGAGGUGUCUGAGCAGGACCAGGGAAAGGCCUAAAACCACAUCUGUAGUCCAGAGCGACACCUCUGGAGUCACUGUGGUUCUCCAGCAGAUCCAGGAAGUCGUCUCAGGCCACUUGUAUGAACUCACCAAAGAUGUGCUGGAUUUGGACUCCUCCAACAGCACCACCAUCACUAAAGAGCACUUCAGACAGCUUUGUACCCGCCACUGCCCGACACUCACAAAUGAUCAGUUUGAGUGUGUGUGGAGUCAGAUGGCCGUGAAGGAGCAGGGGAAGCUGCAGUUCAGAGAGUUUCUGAAGCGUUUUGGUGCACUGGGCAGGACCGCCCACACGGAAGCACAAAGUCCCAUCAACAGCGUCCCGCCUCCUUCCCCCGAGCCCCCAGAAACAGCCUCAACACAAUAUCAUUACCCAAACACUGCAGGUGCCACUCUGCAUCGCUCUAAGUCUGCCUCCCAGUGUAGCUCCCAGCAUCGUCCCUCAGCGGGGAGGCCUGGAACAGGAAGCCUGCCGGGCAUCACAGAGAGGAGGCUGCGUGGGGCGGUGCAGCGCUGCUGGAAGGACAUCCACAAGAACUGCAGCCAGAAAGAUCCUCAGCAAGAGGGACACAUCAGUGCUGUGUCCUUCCUGGAGAUCCUCCAGUCUCUCAAUAUAAAUGUGAGUCAGGUGCAGUUUGAGCGUCUGGCUGUGAAGUUGAACAUCAUGAAUGCAGGUGCUGUUUCAUAUCACAACUUCCUUCGUCACUUCCUCCUCAACCUCAGACCAGCAGAGACCAGGAGGACGUUUGAUCGUUGUAAACUUCCUCUUCCUGUUACACCGAUGAUCCAUGGCGUCCUGAGUAAGGACUGCGUGGAGGUCAUGCUGAGGAUCUACGAGGCGGUUCGCUCGUCCUGGACUUCCAUCAGACGCAGCUUCCUGACGUCCGACCGCACCCGCACAGGAAACGUCUCCGUGCAGGACUUCAGGAAGGUGCUGCUCCAGUUCAGUGUGAGUCUGUCAGAAGAGGAGUUCUUCCACCUCAGCUCUUAUUACGAUGCUAACACUGCAGGGGAAAUCUGCUACAAUCACUUCCUGUGGGCCUUCCUGCACUGA